GCCCCCGGCCCGGCCGCCCGAGGGUUGAAAGCAUUUCAAUCAUGGCUCACUCAAAAACGAGAGCCAAUGAUGGAAAGAUUACUUAUCCUCCCGGUGUCAAAGAAAUCUCUGAUAAGAUAUCAAAAGAGGAGAUGGUGAGGCGGUUAAAGAUGGUGGUAAAAACUUUCAUGGACAUGGACCAGGAUUCUGAAGAAGAAAAGGAGUUGUAUUUAAAUCUUGCUUUGCAUCUUGCUUCAGAUUUUUUCCUCAAACAUCCAGAUAAAGAUGUGCGCUUAUUGGUAGCUUGCUGCCUUGCUGAUAUUUUCAGGAUUUAUGCUCCUGAAGCACCAUACACCUCACCAGACAAAUUGAAGGAUAUAUUUAUGUUCAUAACAAGACAGUUGAAAGGAUUAGAAGACACCAAAAGUCCCCAAUUCAAUAGAUAUUUUUACUUGCUUGAGAAUAUUGCCUGGGUCAAGUCUUACAACAUAUGCUUUGAGUUAGAAGACAGCAAUGAGAUUUUCACCCAACUCUACCGAACACUAUUUUCAGUCAUAAACAAUGGCCAUAAUCAAAAAGUUCAUAUGCACAUGGUGGAUCUGAUGAGCUCUAUUAUUUGUGAAGGGGAUACAGUGUCACAGGAGCUUUUGGAUACUGUGUUGGUAAAUCUAGUGCCUGCCCAUAAGAAUCUAAACAAACAGGCAUAUGAUCUAGCCAAAGCCUUACUGAAGAGGACAGCUCAAGCAAUCGAACCAUACAUCACUAACUUCUUUAAUCAGGUGCUUAUGCUUGGGAAAACAUCUAUCAGUGAUCUUUCGGAGCAUGUCUUCGAUUUAAUUCUGGAACUCUACAAUAUUGACAGUCAUCUGUUGCUUUCUGUUUUACCACAACUUGAAUUCAAAUUAAAGAGCAAUGACAAUGAAGAACGCUUGCAGGUUGUUAAACUUCUAGCAAAAAUGUUUGGGGCAAAAGAUUCAGAACUGGCAUCUCAAAACAAACCACUUUGGCAGUGCUACUUGGGAAGGUUCAAUGAUAUCCAUGUUCCAAUUCGUCUGGAAUGUGUAAAAUUUGCAAGCCAUUGCCUUAUGAACCAUCCCGAUUUAGCAAAGGAUUUAACAGAAUAUCUUAAGGUGAGAUCACAUGAUCCCGAAGAAGCCAUUAGACAUGAUGUUAUUGUGUCUAUAGUUACGGCAGCUAAAAAAGAUCUUUUGCUCGUCAAUGAUCACCUACUUAAUUUUGUGAGGGAGCGAACACUGGAUAAAAGGUGGAGAGUAAGAAAAGAAGCAAUGAUGGGACUUGCGCAGAUAUACAAAAAGUAUUCAUUACAGUCAGAAGCAGGAAAAGAAGCUGCAAAACAAAUUUCAUGGAUCAAGGACAAAUUGCUACAUAUAUAUUACCAAAAUAGUAUUGAUGACAGGUUGCUUGUGGAACGUAUUUUUGCUCAAUACAUGGUUCCUCACAAUUUGGAUACAACGGAACGAAUGAAAUGUUUAUACUACCUUUAUGCUACACUGGACAUGAAUGCUGUGAAAGCAUUGAAUGAAAUGUGGAAAUGUCAAAAUCUGCUUCGACAUCAAGUAAAGGACUUAUUAGAUUUAAUCAAACAACCCAAAACAGAUGCCAGUGGUAAAGCCAUAUUUUCAAAAGUGAUGGUAAUUACAAGAAAUUUGCCAGAUCCAGGUAAAGCUCAGGAUUUUAUGAAGAAAUUCACACAAGUUUUGGAAGAUGAUGAGAAAAUAAGAAACCAGUUAGAAACUCUUGUUAGUCCAACAUGUUCUUGCAAACAGGCUGAAGGAUGUGUGCGUGAAAUUACCAAGAAGCUGGGUAACCCUAAACAACCCACAAAUCCUUUUCUGGAGAUGAUCAAGUUUCUCCUGGAGAGGAUAGCUCCAGUUCACAUAGAUACUGAAUCUAUCAGUGCUCUUAUUAAGCAAGUGAACAAGUCAAUAGAUGGAACAGCAGAUGAUGAGGAUGAAGGUGUUCCUACUGACCAGGCCAUAAGGGCAGGCCUUGAAUUGCUUAAGGUCCUUUCAUUUACGCAUCCUAUUUCAUUCCAUUCGGCUGAAACUUUCGAGUCUCUCCUCGCUUGCCUAAAAAUGGAUGAUGAAAAAGUAGCAGAAGCCGCCUUACAAAUUUUUAAAAACACGGGAAGCAAAAUUGAAGAGGACUUCCCGCACAUCCGAUCAGCUCUACUUCCAGUUUUACACCACAAAGCUAAAAAAGGACCUCCUCGUCAAGCGAAGUAUGCCAUCCACUGUAUCCAUGCAAUAUUUUCCAGUAAAGAAACACAGUUUGCACAGAUAUUUGAGCCACUGCAUAAAAGCCUAGAUCCAAGCAACCUUGAACAUCUCAUAACACCAUUGGUUUCUAUUGGUCACAUAGCUAUGCUUGCACCUGAUCAGUUUGCGGCUCCUUUAAAGUCUUUGGUAGCUACUUUUAUCGUGAAAGAUCUUCUAAUGAAUGACAGGCUUCCAGGGAAAAAGACAACCAAACUGUGGGUUUCUGAUGAAGAAGUUUCUCCUGAGACACUUGUCAAAAUCCAAGCAAUUAAAAUGAUGGUUCGAUGGUUACUAGGAAUGAAAAAUAAUCACAGUAAAUCAGGAACAUCUACAUUGAGAUUGUUAACAACGAUACUGCACAGUGAUGGUGACUUAACUGAACAGGGAAAAAUUAGCAAACCUGAUAUGUCCCGCCUGAGGUUGGCUGCCGGUAGCGCUAUCGUGAAACUGGCACAAGAACCCUGCUACCAUGAAAUCAUCACAUUAGAACAAUACCAGCUAUGUGCAUUAGCUAUCAACGAUGAGUGUUACCAAGUAAGGCAAGUGUUUGCUCAGAAACUCCAUAAAGGCCUUUCCAGGUUACGGCUCCCACUGGAAUACAUGGCAAUAUGUGCGUUGUGUGCGAAAGACCCUGUCAAAGAAAGAAGAGCACAUGCCAGACAGUGCCUGGUGAAAAAUAUAAAUGUGCGACGGGAAUAUCUGAAACAGCACGCAGCAGUCAGUGAAAAAUUAUUGUCACUUCUACCAGAAUAUGUUGUUCCUUAUACCAUCCACCUUCUUGCACAUGACCCAGAUUAUGUCAAAGUCCAGGAUAUUGAACAACUUAAAGAUGUUAAAGAAUGCCUUUGGUUCAUCCUGGAAAUCUUAAUGGCUAAAAAUGAAAAUAACAGUCAUGCCUUUAUUAGAAAGAUGGUGGAAAACAUUAAACAAACGAAAGAUGCUCAAGGACCAGAUGAUGCUAAGAUGAAUGAAAAACUGUACACCGUGUGUGAUGUAGCAAUGAACAUCAUUAUGUCUAAGAGUACGACAUAUAGUUUGGAAUCCCCCAAAGAUCCAGUGCUUCCUGCUCGGUUCUUUACCCAGCCUGACAAGAACUUCAGUAACACCAAAAAUUAUCUGCCUCCAGAAAUGAAGUCCUUUUUUACUCCCGGAAAGCCCAAAACAGCCAAUGUUCUGGGAGCUGUUAAUAAGCCUCUUUCAUCAGCAGGCAAGCAGUCUCAAUCCAAAUCUUCACGGAUGGAAACUGUAAGCAACGCCAGCAGUAGUUCAAAUCCAAGUUCUCCAGGAAGAAUCAAAGGGAGGCUUGACAGCAGUGAAAUGGAUCACAGUGAAAAUGAAGAUUUCACAAUGUCUUCACCUUUGCCAGGAAAGAAAAGUGAUAAGCGAGAUGACUCAGACGUUUCUGAGUUAGAGAAGCCCAGAAGCCGGAAGAAAGCGUCCACCACCGACUCAGAAGAGAAACUGGGUAUGGACGACUUGACGAAGCUGGUACAGGAACAGAAGCCCAAAGGGGUGCAGCGGGGGAGGAAGAGGGGUGCCACCGUGUCAGAGUCCGACGAGUCCCAGUGGCCGGAAGAAAAAAGGCUCAAAGAAGAUCUGCUGGAGAACGAGGACGAACAGAACAGUCCACCAAAGAAGGGUCGAAGAGGCCGACCGCCGAAAGCCGUCGGUGGGGUCCCCCCUAAAGAAGAGCCGGCGGUGAAAGCGUCGAAGAGGGGCAGUCGAAAAAGAUCCGGACCCCCCGCCGCAGCGGCAGGAGCAACAGAGGAGGAGGAUGAAGAAGAAAGGCAAAGCGAAAAUGUGGAACAGAAGCCAAAAGGCAGGCAGUACCGGACACCAAGAAGAACACAACAAAGCAGAACAGAAUCAUCCGAAUCCAGUGCAGUUGAAUCCGCACAGUCCACGCCACAGAAAAGACGUGGCAGACCACCGAAACCCCCACCACCCUCACAACAAAAAAAAAAUGUGCGGGCCGGGCGUUCCAAACAAACGGCAAGUAAAGAAAAUGAGUCCAGUGAAGAGAUGGACGUGUUCCAGGGCAGCUCUCCCAUCCACGAUGACAUUCCCCAGGAAGAAGCAAUGGAGGAAGAAGAGGUUUCUCCAAUCAAUGUACGCCGAAGGACCUCUAAAAGGGAACGGCGGUGAGCCGACGUGUAAAUUAGCGGCCUUCCAGGUGAAAGUAUCGAAGAAGGAUUGGGUGUAAAAGCGCAAGGGAGAAAAAAGCUUUUUUGUGCACAACAGGGGGUUUGCCAGUCCCAAGAUGGGUGCCCUUCCCUUCCUUACCCAGCCCCGCAGGCACAAGCUUUGGCCGUGCACCUCGGUGUCGGGACUGGGGUUUUUGUGAGAUGUGUAGUAGGCGCUGCCCACGGAGACCUGAAUCAAGAAGAAACUUGUAAAUAAUCCCUAUUUUUUUUUUUACGUUUCCGACUCCCGACGUGCUUGUAUAGCUUUUAUCUGCGGCUUCAGACUGACGGUGUCCGACUGUUAACUGAUCUAUUGAUUUGGGAAAGUGUGUUAGAAUAGAUCUCUCUAGCAGUAUCUGUCAGUGUUUGUAUCUGUACUCUUCUCGGCAUUUUACUGUGAAAGAAAUAUCAGUCAGGCAAAGAGUGGCAUUUUCUGUUGCCACAGUCGGUUGGAAAGUCGAGGUCUGUUCCUUCGUUGUGUAUCUAGUCUAGCAUUUACUCCUGGACUCCCCUCGUCUUCAGAGGUCCGGGAUUGCUCCGGUCUGACAGCCCAGGGAUAUCCGAUAGGGUGAUUAUCACAGGUGCAACUUGUGAAACGGUCCUCCAAUUGUCCAAAUUAUCAUACACCUCAGUAUCGGUGCCAGAAUUUUCUGGUUUUCUAGUGGCGUUGAAAAUUCGAGAAGACAAGGUUGAAAAUAUUUUAAUUUUAAAAUUGUGUCCUAUUAAAUAAUGUACUGAACCCCUUCCCCGUUCAUCUUUCCCUUUCAGUUUUUAUUAAUCUACUGUAUCAAUAAAAUUCUGUAACUGAAUGAGUUUUUAAUAGUCUAGUAUGUUAAUGUGUGUAGAUAUUUCCUCCUGAACAUUAUGUUUGAAAAUGCAAAUUAUUACUACGAUAUAUGAAAUCUGAUAUAUAAACAUUAGUGACAUUACAGUUCUUGAUACAGUGUAAAGUUAAUCAGAAAAAUUUUAUUGAUGCAGUGUGUCUUUAUAAAGCUGUUCUUGAGAGACAAGUGUUUUGUAUUUUAUAGUGAGUUGCAUGUUUAUGAAAAAAUGUGCUGAAAAUGGGAUGUAAUCUUUUCUGGAAAUUCAUAGCUAGCAGUAGUAUAUUAGAGAUUGCCUCAACAGAGAAUUUUCCACCAAGAAUUUAUUGUACUUACUUUUUGUGAGCCAACUUCCCUCUUUUUUUUUUGGUAUAUCAAGCUACAUUUUUAUUGACUCAGCUAUAGAUUUUUGCAGUCUUACAAGGUUUGAAUGAAAAUUCCACUUUUGCAGAGGCUACAUUUGGAGUGGCUUUUUUUUUUUUUGGUUGUUCGAUGAGUUCUGCAAGAAAUAGAAACAAAUGGCUUAAGGCAGUACCUGUAUACCGUUUUGCCAACUGUCUUGGAACCAAAAUGUAUAUGUUACUUCUUUAUGCUUAACUAAGCUCAUUUCAUUAUUUCAGGUGCUGUUCUUUUGUUUUCUUGCCGGUGACGUGCGGGGAUGGGGGUGGGGGGGAAUUCAUUUCUAACGUUCAAGUUUAAUCUCACUGAAUUUUUUGAGCCUCUACAUGUAACCCACCAAUAUUGUUAAAUUAUACUCCCAGGAUAUACUACAGUGGAUGAGGUUGUAAUAAAGAGGAUACUUUGUUGGAAGAUGGCUUUUUUUGCCCCUAUCCAUUUUUCCAAUGUAUAUAGCACAGGAAAGUUGGUUUUCUUAAAAAAAAAAAAAAAAAUUGCUCUUUGCUGACGAAACGGUCCAUCUUAUUUAGCGAAAGAGCUAGGAAAUUGGUUUAACGAGCUUUCUCGGUGUCUCGUUAUUCCGCAUGGACGCCCACGAUGGGGCGCCGCUGGCUUUGGAGGGCACAACUGCACAGAGGGGCGGUUUGUGUUGGGUUAAGGAAGAAGAAUUAAGGCAUUUCCAUUAGCCCAACUCUCCCAAAUAGGUUGGCUACUUAUCUUUCAGCAGUGCAAAUGCAAGUUUUUAACCUAUUAGAUAAAGAAUAAAAGUUAGCUUUAUAUUUUCUUCAUUGACUGAAUUGCACUGAAAAUGUUUAUGGAAAAAUAUAUCUUUGAGACCGUUUUAUAAAAAAGAAAAGAAAAAAAAAGAAAACCUGAUCUUGAACUGCUUGCUGACCUAUUAGGAUUUAUUUGCAUGAACCCAGUUAGCUAACUUUCAAUGAGGAUUGAUGAUUUACUCACUGUUCAUUAAAAAAAAAAAGUUUAAUGCAGAUUUUUGUCUCUGUAAUGCAGUUCUGUCUAUCGUUUCAAGACUUCAGUGUUCACUUUUUGGGUUAUAGUGUGUAAUACUCAUUCCUUGGGAAGACGACGGGUGCCGCAGAUUAUAUGGAGUUCUCCUGAUGUUCUAAGACUUCAUCUUCAAGGAUUGUCUUCCUUGUCGCAUUUCGGUAAAAUUAGUAUUUCAUGUACUAACAUUUUGAGAUCUGCACACAAUAGCUAGAGUAAAAUAAGUAUGUAUAAAAACAUCCACUGCUAACAUUGGUUAGCGUAUUUUUUUCUGCAGUGAUAAUGUUCAGUUGGAAAAUAUGUACUGUAUUCCAUUACGAUGAAAUGAGCUCACUGUACCAGGUUCCAGUAUGAAAUUCAUGUAUUACAGUGAAGUUAACCUUGCUGCACACCCUGUAGCGAAUCCAGCUAAUACGAACGUGCAUUUUCUUGCUGCAGUGCAACAGGAAACGUUUUCAGUGAUCUCCACUGUAUAUGUAAAUUACCAAAAUGGCUGUAAGACUUGUUCUAGGUAUUAAAGGUGAAACUACUUUCUAUAUAUUC